AUCGCUUUCGUGUCGUUAGCGAUUUCUACAUCGCCAUUAACAGCUGGAACAUCUUGCAGACACUCUCUCUGCAUCUAUAUAAAUAUUUAUGUAAAGAUACUCAACAGGCCCUUGUGCUUCUCUUAUACUCUUCGAUCUCUACUCCAUUAUCACAGAUCCCUAAGUAUUUCCUUCCGGCUCAGAUUUGAUCUGCUAACUCCAUUGAUGUCCGAUUGGGUUUGACUCUCUUGGUCUAUGUGCCGUCGGUUGCGAUAUAUGCGAGAUCUUCUGAGGUGAUCACACGUACAGAUCCGUGGUUAUGGUUGCUGGCUGCGACUGAUUCCUGAUAUUUUUAAUCGAUUGAUUGCUCUUCUAAGCCAGAGGAGAUGGAAUCGGAAGGAGAGACCGGGGGGACAUCUAUGAAGAAUGUCGGUGGUCAGGUUUGCCAGAUCUGUGGUGAUAAUGUUGGCACCACAGCUAAAGGAGACCCUUUUGGUGCCUGUGAUGUUUGUGCAUUCCCAGUUUGCAGGCCUUGCUAUGAAUACGAGCGCAAAGAUGGCAAUCAAUCUUGCCCUCAAUGCAAAACUAGAUACAAACGACAUAAAGGAAGCCCUGCUAUUGCUGGAGACAAAGAGGAGGAUGUUGACACUGAUGAAGAAACUACUAAUUUCCCCUUCUCUUCACAAACCCAAAGUGAGAAGCAGAAGACUGCAGAGCGAAUGCUGAGCUGGCACAUGACAUAUGGAAGAGGAGAAGACACUAAUACUCCAAAUUAUGAUAAAGAGGUCUCUCAUAACCACAUACCUUUACUCACCAGUGGACAAGAGGUUUCUGGUGAGUUGUCUGCAGCUUCUCCACAACGCCUUUCAGUGUCUUCACCUCCACCUGGUGGAGAAAGACUAACACAUUCACUCCCUUAUUCUGCAUAUGCGAAUCAAUCCCCCAAUGUUAGAGUUGUGGACCCUGUGAGAGAUUACGGAUCUACAGGACUAGGAAAUGUUGCAUGGAAAGAGAGAGUUGAUGGGUGGAAAAUGAAACAAGACAAGAAUGUAGUUCCAAUGACAACAAGUCGCCCUGCUUCUGAAAGAGGUCAAGACAUUGAUGCCAAUACAGAUGUGUUAGUUGAUGAUUCAUUGCUGAACGAUGAAGCCAGACAACCACUUUCAAGAAAAGUCUCCAUUCCAUCAUCAAGAAUAAAUCCAUACAGAAUGGUCAUUGUUCUUCGGCUGGUUAUUCUUUGCAUCUUUUUGCACUAUCGAAUAACAAACCCUGUGACAAAUGCAUAUCCAUUAUGGUUACUCUCUGUUAUUUGUGAGAUUUGGUUUGCUUUUUCUUGGAUUUUGGAUCAGUUCCCUAAAUGGCUUCCAAUUAAUCGUGAAACAUAUCUUGAUCGGCUAUCCCUAAGGUAUGAGAGAGAAGGGGAGCCAUCACAACUAGCUGCUGUUGAUAUAUUUGUGAGUACUGUGGACCCGUUGAAGGAGCCGCCACUUGUCACAGCCAACACGGUGCUGUCCAUCCUGGCGGUUGACUACCCGGUUGACAAGGUGUCAUGUUAUGUGUCUGAUGACGGGGCUGCCAUGCUGUCGUUUGAGUCACUAUCAGAAACAUCUGAGUUUGCAAGAAAAUGGGUUCCUUUUUGCAAGAAAUACAACAUUGAGCCCCGUGCUCCUGAAUGGUAUUUCAACCAGAAGAUUGACUACUUGAAAGAUAAAAUUCAACCAACUUUUGUUAAAGAUCGAAGAGCUAUGAAGAGAGAAUAUGAAGAGUUUAAAAUUCGUGUAAAUGGUCUUGUUGCAAAAGCUCAGAAAGUCCCUGAUGAAGGUUGGAUUAUGCAGGAUGGAACUCCUUGGCCUGGAAAUAACACUAGGGAUCAUCCAGGAAUGAUUCAGGUUUUCUUGGGUCAAAAUGGAGGGCUUGAUAGUGAGGGUAAUGAGUUGCCAAGAUUGGUUUAUGUUUCAAGAGAAAAGCGUCCAGGUUUUCAACAUCACAAGAAAGCUGGUGCCAUGAAUUCCCUUGUUCGAGUAUCUGCAGUUCUUACAAAUGGCCCGUUUUUGUUGAAUCUUGAUUGUGAUCAUUACAUUAACAACAGUAAGGCUAUUAGAGAAGCUAUGUGUUUUAUGAUGGAUCCAAAUCUUGGAAAAUACGUAUGUUAUGUACAGUUUCCACAGAGAUUUGAUGGUAUUGAUAGAAACGAUCGAUAUGCUAACAGAAACACAGUGUUCUUUGAUAUUAACUUGAGAGGUUUAGAUGGGAUUCAAGGUCCGGUUUAUGUGGGAACUGGAUGUGUGUUCAAUAGAACAGCUCUAUAUGGUUAUGAACCUCCACUUAAGCCUAAGAAGAAGAGAGAAGAUGGCUUCUUUUCUUCUUGCUUUGGUGGAUCACGAAAGAAGAGUUCCAAAUCAAGCAAAAAGGGAUCAGAUAAAAAGAAAUCAAACAAAAACGUUGACCCCACUGUGCCAAUUUUCAACCUGGAAGAUAUAGAAGAAGGAGUUGAAGGUGCUGGAUUUGAUGAUGAGAAAUCAUUGCUUAUGUCACAAAUGUCGCUUGAAAAAAGAUUUGGACAAUCGGCUGUGUUUGUUGCAUCUACACUUAUGGAAAAUGGAGGCGUCCCUCAGUCUGCAGCACCUGAAACUCUGUUGAAAGAAGCGAUUCAUGUCAUCAGUUGUGGUUAUGAAGACAAAACAGAUUGGGGAGCUGAGAUAGGAUGGAUUUAUGGAUCGGUGACGGAAGAUAUUCUGACGGGAUUUAAGAUGCAUGCACGUGGAUGGCGGUCGAUAUACUGCAUGCCACCUCGGGCAGCCUUCAAGGGUUCCGCCCCUAUCAAUCUUUCCGAUCGUUUAAACCAAGUGCUCCGGUGGGCUUUAGGAUCGGUGGAAAUUCUUUUCAGCAGACAUUGUCCUAUAUGGUACGGAUAUAAUGGAAGACUCAAAUGGCUCGAAAGAUUUGCCUACAUCAACACCACCAUCUACCCCAUCACUUCCAUCCCUCUUCUCAUCUACUGUACUCUUCCCGCCGUCUGUCUUCUCACCGGAAAGUUCAUCAUCCCACAGAUCAGUAACCUUGCGAGUUUAUGGUUUAUAUCCCUCUUUCUUUCCAUCUUUGCCACCGGUAUUCUUGAAAUGAGGUGGAGUGGUGUCGGAAUUGAUGAGUGGUGGAGGAACGAGCAGUUUUGGGUUAUCGGAGGUGUCUCCGCCCAUCUUUUUGCCGUGUUCCAAGGUUUGCUAAAAGUACUUGCAGGUAUCGACACUAAUUUCACAGUGACAUCAAAGGCGUCAGAUGAAGAUGGUGAUUUUGCUGAGCUGUAUUUGUUCAAAUGGACGACGCUUUUAAUCCCACCGACGACUCUCCUAAUCGUGAACUUGGUUGGAGUGGUUGCCGGAAUAUCUUACGCCAUCAACAGUGGUUACCAGUCGUGGGGUCCACUUUUUGGUAAACUUUUCUUUGCGUUUUGGGUGAUUGUACAUCUUUACCCCUUCCUCAAGGGUCUUAUGGGGAAACAAAAUCGCACGCCCACCAUUGUUGUUGUGUGGUCUAUUCUUCUUGCUUCCAUUUUCUCUCUCCUUUGGGUCCGAAUUGAUCCCUUUACCACUAAAGUUACUGGCCCUGAUGUCACUUAUUGUGGAAUUAAUUGUUAAUUUACACUUUUACUACUAGUAUUUUUUUUUUUAUUCAAGACACUCGAUACAUAUAUUUAUUUUUUUUUACAAUUUUGUAUGCUUGUUGGAAUUUGUAAUUCGGACACUUUUAUAAUUGUAAUUUCCAGUUUUAUUAUUUGUAAUACACUCUCACAAGUCACGGGAUAUAUUAUAUCAUAUAUAUAUAUGUGGUUAUUUAUUA